CCCCUCCCUUGUCCUCCCUGCCGUUUCAUCUUUUCUCCUUGCCCUUGGCAUGUCGGCCUCUGACGCUCCACCGCGCGUGGACGCCACACCAUCCACCUCGGGUGCUGCUCCGCCCUCCCCCUCGAGACCGGAGAUGGCUCCUCCGGCUCCAUCCGAGGAGAGGCCUCGUGCCCAGGAUCCGGUCGCGCUGGCGACAGCAAUGUUUCACACGGCCAUCGAAUUAUCGCCCGUCUUCCAGAGCCAGGGGAAAAUCCGUGCCUUGGUGGCCGGCACGCGUGAACUUCGGGUUUCUCAGCUCGCUGCGUAUUCGACUCAGGCCAAGGAAGAGUCCCUUUCCGUACUCGGUAUUCUGACAGCCAAGUCGGAUCCCCUCAAGUCUUCCAAAGGCGAACUCUAUGUUCGCUGGAAGUUGACCGACCUCCGCGGGGACACCUCGAAUCCCCGGGCUUCGGCGGCUCUGCUGCUUUUUGGCUCGGUUUUCAAGGACCAUGCGGAUAUUGAGGAGGGCACGGCCAUCCUCCUCCGCCGUCCAAAGGUUCUUCCGCAAACCACCACCGACCAAACGACCACGCUAUUCAUUCGCGACUCGCGUCAGCUUUGUCCCAUUGGCCGGGCCGUGCAUUUUGGCGUUUGCGACGCAAUUCGCACUAGCACAGGGCAGCGCUGUACCAUCAAGAUCGACACAUCGCGUGGGCCCACUUGUGAACACCACUUGAUGAUGGCUUUCAGGUCGUCAGUUCUCAAUCGCGCGGAACUGCGAGUUGGUCCCUCAUCCGUCCGUCCUGACACUGGCACCCGGCGUCAGGGCCGCAACUCGACCCUGGAUGUGGCUCACCUGGCCGGCCCCGAGGCGGCCGGGCUGAAGCUCCUGCCUGACGGCCAACUUGUGGAUCUGGGCACCCUGGCCAAAAACCGCGCUGCCGACGCGGCCGCCGCGCACCGGUCUUUUGAAAAGUUCCUGGAGGCCAAUCCCCAGAUGCGGCGACCGGCACCGGCGGCCGAGCUGUCAUACAAGCGCGAACGCACCAGCCUUGAACUAUCGGACCCCGGGUCCGAGCUCAAUAGUCGCGCCUUCGUCCCGAUCAUCGGUGGAGGCCUCGGGCCGUCGGUUGUUGGCGCUCACCUUUCGGCAAGUGGAAAGUCCACUCCAGCCAAGCGCCCGCGCACCGCACCCGAUGCUGCCCCUCUCAUUGACUUGGAGCUGCCCGAGGUGGCCACUGACAUUGCCAUUUCGCAGAUGGCCGUUGCCACGGAGCUGGGCCGUCGCGCGGUCGCCUCAAACGGCCCUGCUCUCUUCCCGGCGCCCGAUCCAUCGGUCCCUCGAACACAGGCGGAGGCUCUUCCGGCCGACGUGCGCCGGUCUAGCUCGCUGGACACGGCCGGGCGAUCUCGCUCAUCCGUGGUGUCCAACAGUGUGUUGCUAUCGGCCUUCGAGCGGCGCCGGCCGGCCGCAACAGCCUCGGCCGUCAAGGCCUCAUCCGGCAAGUCCAACCCGAAGGAGGCCUCAUCUGGUGCCACGCGCGACCCCUCGGCCGAUGCCCUGAUGAAGGCACUCGGCAUGGAUGCAUCCCUGGUCAAGAGUGCCGGAUCGGCUCGGUCCCUGCAACAAGACAAGAUCAAUGCCGAGGAGAAGAAGCAGCGAGAUGUGGUGUUCAAUCGCCUCGCCAAGCAGGAGCGCGCGUAUGAUCGUAUGCGCAAAGUGCAGUUCAUCACCGUGCGCGCGGUGUUCUGUCCGUCGGUGCGUUUCCAGACAGCUGCCACCACAAUCACAGCCACACACAAUCACAGCCACACACAAUCACAGCCACACACACACACACACACACUCCACAUGACUGUCAUGCAUCGAUAUGUGGAUGUAUUGUUCAUUUGUAUAUGCGCGCAUGUCAUUUGUCCCUUGGCGUUCCUUUUACCAUUUCGCCAUCCCGACCACCGCUGAUUUCCUGGGCCCUGUACAGUGCGACCUGUGGUCUGAGAAGCCAACUCCAAUGUGUGACGAACUCGGACACGCCUAUCGGACAGGCCAGCCUCGGAAGAAGCACUUCUUCCGGUGCACCAACUGUCGGUGGCGCACGGACUCCCUCUAUCCGUAUCCCCGGCAUCAGUGCUUCAACUGCAAGUCGAAUGGCUUCCUCCCCUGUGGCAUGGUCGAUGAGGAUGCCGCCAAGAUCUCGGAUUUCACCGGCUUGGAUGAGGAGUACGGCAAGAACUUGAAGGAGUGACCGUCCAUCCGGCCCUUGCAUCUCCAAGAAGACUUCCCGAAUAUACCGCCGGCAACACGCCUACAUGUCGUGUAAAGGGGAGGGCGGGCAUCAAAUGUCCAGAAGAGACUAAUUUACAUUU